CUGACAGGUUAGACACUCCGGAGCCGCCAUCGUUGUGCACCCCGGGGUUCAAGAUCAAGAAGCCCGAUGGUCAGUGUUUCACACCGGAGCAGGAGCAAGGUGACCCAGAAUGCCCUCUUCUCCCUGGUAGUCCCUCUACCCCUGAGCUUCCACCGUUUCAAACCCCGUAUGUGAAACGACUGGUCAGCACCAAAAAGCGUGCGCAGCCAGACGCACUCGACGGGCCGUCUGAUGGAGAGCACCUGGAAACACCUGGUAGAGGUUCAACAAGCACGUGGCAGCACCGUGAGGAGGACAAGCCAGAGAUGCCACACUUAGAAUCUUCUUUAGGAAAUUAUUUGACAACGAAAAAUGGAGACUUACCAAAGGUUGGUGAGAGUGCUAAAGUAGGAAAGGACACAGCCGUCAGCAGUCUGGAGUUGGACAGAACCACCCAGGGGUUCAGCUUGCCAAGAAGCUUCCAGGAACCGAGCACCCCUGAAAUGCCUGACCUGAGCUCUGUCACACAGGACAUCUGUAAACUUGUGUUACAGGCCCAGAGGAAGAAUACGAGCACUGCAUCCCAGCUGUCUGAUGUCAGGCCAGAAAGCGACAGACACUGUCCUGUUGGUGAAACAAAGGGUCUGUCUCUGGUGUCCCAGAGUGAGUUUGAGACUUUACCGGACUACCUGCGGUGCAUGCCUCUGAGCAGCCUGAACCAGGCCGUCAGGAACAUCAACAGGUCCACCAACGGCUCUGAAGGACUAAUGACGACGUGCACAACGGAGGAGCUCAGGAGGAUCAGUAGUGUGGGGACCCGUGCUCCGGUAUACAUCCUCUGUCUACAGGAGCUGAAGAGGCUGAAGCAGGUGGAAGGCAGCGCCAGCGUUUAUCAGCUGAUAACAGCUAAAGAGUAGGCCAGCACCAAUGUUUAUCAGCUGAUGACAGCUAAAGAGUAGGCCAGCGCCAGCGUUUAUCAGCUGAUGACAGCUAAAGAGUAGGCCAGCACCAGCGUUUAUCAGCUGAUAACAGCUAAAGAGUAGGCCAGCACC